AUGGAGCUGUGCAUGUUCCAUGGGGCUCCGGAGCUGGGUGCUGCCGACAGCUGGAUCGGCGUGGUGCCCGUGGGCGAGGAGCCGGCUGGGGUCCCCCGGGGCGCCAAGGAGGAGUCCUUCACCGCCGCCGUCGUCAGCAAGAUGAAGCGAGCCCUGGUGCUGGGGGCAUCAGCCCUGCUCAUCCUGGCGCUGAACCAGAACGCCAUCCGGGAGCUGGAUGUUUCCCAGCUUCUUGCCAAGCCUGUGAUCGUGAUCCAGUCCUCAGACAACGUCACCAAGCUGCUGGGAGCGCUGCUGCGGGGGCUCCGGGCGACGGCGAAGAUCACAUACCAGGCGGUGCUGCUGGAGAACUUGGGAGUGACCCUCACCCUGUGGUCGACCUGCGGCCUCUCCCGAGGGGGCCUCUACGGCGAGUGGCAGGGGGUCAUCUGCACGGGGGAGAACAGCUCGCAGGUCCAGGUGCGUGCACUGGUGCUGGUGAGGGCUCCUCACGUAGCGAGAGUUCCUGGCGUGGGGACAGUGGCGCUGGUGGGGCUGGGAGCGGAGCAGGGGUCUCCGGUUUGUCCCUCUGCCCUGGUCCCUGAGCGCCUGCUGGCGCUGUUCCUGCAGAAGUACCUCCAGCAGCUGUGGAACACCAUCCUCCUCAUCGCCCUGCUGCUCUGCACUGGGGUGAUCGUGCAGGCCCAGCGGCAGUCGUGGCAGGACCCAUCAGAGCAGGAUGCUGAGCUGGACCUGAAGCAGCACAUUCGGCGGCGGCUGUCGGCACUGAAAACCCGGCGGUACCAUCCCGGCAAACCCCUCCAGAGCCGGGCCUGUGAGAUCGAUAGCUGUGCCGUCUGCUUGGACCAGUUCCACAAGAGCCAGUGGCUGCGGGUUCUGCCCUGCUCCCACGAGUUUCACCGGGACUGCGUGGAUCCCUGGCUCCUCCUGCAGCAGACCUGCCCUCUCUGCAAGCGCAACAUCCUGGGUGAGAGCCGCAGUGACCAGUGA